GAUAUAAUAUCAAUUAUGCCUUAUAAUCUGAUAUUUGGAAAAAGACCUGGCUUCGAAUCCGUUAUAUUAUUUGGAAGGUGGUUAGCAAUAGGAAGAAUUUACAGACUAUUUAUCUACUUUCAAGAAAUUAAUGAACAUAUGCGUAAAUCCCGGCGGUUUCUGUUCUUCUGCGAACAAUUCCUGGUAACGGCAUUAGUACUUCAUGCGAGUACUUGCAUGUGGUACUCGUUACAUCGCCCGCCAGAAAUGGAACACACUUGGUACAAUCUGGGAUAUCCUCCGCACGUUCUUAUAAAAUUAUGUAUUAACAGUUACAGGACAAGUUGGUACUAUUGUACUUGUCGUUUCUUCAAUGUGGUAUUCGGAGAUUCUUUUCCUAUGUCGAGCUUACAAAAGUGGUUGACGUCAAGCCUGAUGCUCGUCGGCUAUGUGUUCUUCCGAUAUCGUUUUAUUGGCACUCUCGCCUGGGAACUGGUCAUAGAAAAAACAAGAAGAUCCAACUUUGUGGACAAUUACCAUCACAUGAUAAACUACCUAAAGUUCAGCAGGGCGCCAUCUUGGCUCGUAGAUCAAUGCAAGAACUAUAAGCUCCAACUGUGGAAGAUGAAGGCCGGGAUACUGACAUCGCAACACCUACAGAAACUGCCUCUGCCAUUACAGAUGGAACUAAUCUUCGACAUUAACGUCGGGAAUUUCCAUAACUCCAUGCUAUUUAGAGAGACUAAGGAAUCGUUUAUGCGUCAGAUAUCCCUAUUGAUGCGCCAUGAGUUGUACUUGGCUGGGCAGCAUAUUUGGAGUCAGGGUGUUGUGAAGAGUGGCAUGAUAUGUAUCAAGCGAGGCGUCAUUGAAAUGUUGUCCGAUGAAGAUGAUGAGAGUCCCAUGAUUGCCUUUAAAGACGGAACUGUGCUUGGCGAGUUAAGCUUGUUCUACUCAAUCCCAUCCAAAGUUACAGUAAAGGCGGCUACUUAUGUUGAGCUACAGGUUUUAAAAAGAACCGACUUCAUGCGAGUUAUCGCGGAGCAUCCCUGCAUGUUUGAACUCAUACGCAAGAAAAUUGGCGAUAGACUCAACAGCUCGAGAACAAGACAGGAGGCAAUAGAGAAUUACGACCAAGGUGACUCGAGACUCAUUCGAACCCGCUACCGGCCCAUGAAAGUGCUUAAAGACAGGUUAGCCGGCAUUGAAGAAGAGGACCCCACGUUUGUAGACGAUUCUCACAUGUAUUAUAGAGACGAGAACAACGAACGUCAGCCAAAAUUCACGUCGGAAUACUUGGAGCUAUAUCAAAUGUCCAGAAACGUUACCACGAUAGAUGCGCCUCAUAUUUGUCUUACAUCCAACUUCCCUUGGAUACUGAUCCCCGACACUGACUUCACUCGCAUGUUCGACGUGGCACAUUUCGCAAUGGUGCUGUACGUAUGUUUCAUGACGCCUUUCUCGGCACUACAGAAUUAUCAAUCGGAUGCUGAGACUGUGCUCUCGACUAUAGUGGUCGCUGGGUUGCUGUUGAACAUUUAUAUACAGCUUACUACUGCCACUUCUGAAAAGAAUAAAAGAAAAGAGACAGUUAAAGAAAUAGCUGAAAUGAAAAUGGCAUCAUUUGGUUUCUACUUGGAUAUAAUAUCAGUGUUCCCUGUGUCUAUAUUCACGGACACCUUGGACCCUCAGGGGGAGACGGUGGCCGGUCAAGUAGCCUUGCUCUUUCCUAUACUGCAAGUUUGGCAUCUAUGGGACUACCUGAAUAAAUGGGCUCAAAGCUUUGAGAGUCACGUCAAGUUGCUGAUCCUGAUAAAAUUUGGCUUGAUUUUCAUUAUAUUUUCGUACUGGUCAGGAUGUCUUCUGUACCUAUUCGCCUGUCCUAGGAAAUUGUGUCGUGAGAACACGUGGAUGUCCCAACUGAUAUACUGGGAGACGAAGGUGUUCAUGACGAAUGAAGCCCGUCACGAGAGUCCUAUGAAAACGUCGUUUUUGUUCGGAACUUCUGUGUUCACUGGCUUCGGAAGUUCUGAAGUUGCACCCGGAGAAGAGGAUCUUUUAAUUGUAAUAAUGAUUUUCGUACUGGGAUCAUAUCUGGUCGUUUACUAUACUGCAAAGAUUUGCAGUUCUUACUUGUUGGCGACACAGAGAAAGUUGAAGUUUAAGGAAUCCAUGAGGGAGUUGUUUUAUUUCCUCUCCGUAAAUCACGUUAGUGGAAAAAUCAAAGCGCGAGUGAAAAAGUUCUUCUGUGUGCAAUGGUAUUACAAUCGUGCUGUAUCUACUGAAGAAAUAUUCGAGGAUAUGUCCACAAACAUCCAACAAGAAGUACUGUCGAUAGAAAUGGUGGAAACUUUGCGUUUCUGCCCACUUUUCCGGGUGCACAACAGGGACUUUCUUCAAACCGUGGCGAGCAAUACGAGGAAACUGGUACUGCCUGAUAAUGAGGUCGUGCAACAUGCUGCCGAUAUCGGCCGGGAUAUGUAUAUCUUGCAAAAAGGUCACUGUAAUUUGCUAAACAAUCUUGGCAAAAGACAUAUGACGAUAGGUCCUGGCACACAUUUUGGCGUUGUGGAAAUGUUAUUCGGGUUACCAAAGGUAUACACGGUGGUGACGUCGACAAACUGCAUAUUACUGCAUGUGGAAUACAGUGCGCUGGUGCAGUGCUGGGGCACGUUCCCAGACAUUAGUCACCCCAUUAUCACGGUUUUGGAAGAUCCUGAAGUAAAAGCCAAGGCUGUGGCAUUUGAAGACGCAAAGCCUCUAACUGGUCGAAUUGAUGUCAAAACUAACAGGAUUGCACAAGAGAUAAAGGAAAGUUUCGUAGUACUCACAGGUAGAGAAGCGAGGGCCCACUACGUGAAGACAUUCGACAAGUUAGGCGUACUGAGACACCUCAGGUAUAUCUUCAUGCCGGGAUGCAUUACUCCCCAUGGAAUGUUCUUAAAGUUCUGGUGUGGCGUGCGCUUCGUAGUCGCCUUGUUCUACAUAUUCACUGUACCGUACGAUAUUGCUACGAAACAACACAAACACAGUGGACUAUACAAUUAUGCGGACGUCGUCUUAUACAUAGACAUAGUCAUAAUGGCGUAUGUUGCGUACUACAAUGAGAAAUCCUUGCUCGUCACACACCCACUCCUGACAGUGUCCCGAUAUUUGAGCCAUUCCUUCUUAAUGGACAUCAUUAGUGUCUUCCCGGUUGAAGAAGUCUUCAGAAUAGUAAAUGACAAUUCAGAUAUGGAUUUGUACAGAUUGAAUCGAAUGCUUUUGGUGACUAGAAUAACAGGUGCUUUCGCGUACUGGGAGAGUGAUAUAAUGCGAGUAAAUCCAGCCAUAGUGUUGUUGAAGUUCCUGCCUAUAGCCCUGACAAUUGUGAACUUUGUCACAGCGUUCAUCUUCGUGAACGCGUGUGAACCCUACUUGCCUCCAGAGUCGCGUUACAUAUUAGUCAAUUGUACGAAGAUAUUCAUCAUUUCUAGUGUUAGACAUGAGCAGAGAUAUGCGGUUACUGAAUACGUAUACACGUUCUACUGGGUUUACGAGAUAUUUGUGGGCUUGGGCUGCACUCCGAUCAGUAUGCCUAACACCGUCGACUUCUGGCUGAUGAUGUGUCUGCAGAUCGUUGGCUUCAUGUACUUUGCCUUCAUGUUUGGGUAUGUAGCGUCUACGCGGUCGACAGCCGCACAAGCCUUGUUGGAACAUAAUGAAAAAACAAGGGAUCUAGCCAACUUUCUGUACCAGCAGAAUGUGGAUCCAAUGCUUACCGUAAAAUCGUUGAAAUAUUUUGAAUAUGUGUGGAUGAGGACGAACGGCAGUAAUCCUCAGAGAAUCUGUCGUCGCCUAAACUCGGCGCUAAUGGAAGACACAUUAGUAUUCAUGUACGAGCGUGCUCUGAGGGAAGUGCCCCUGUUCGGCAAGGUGGAGAGGUCAUUCAUCAGGGUCGUCACGCAGCACGUCAACGAGAUGUACCUGCUGAAGGGAGACACCGUCAUACAGUGCAGGGACAUACAGCCUUACAUCUACAUCAUUUAUCGGGGAAAGGUUGAUGUUUUGACGUCAUAUAAUGAAAUGAUAACAUGCAUGGGUCCAGGUGGAAUGUUUGGGAAUUUUACUGGUCAACCAACAUCAUGUUCCGAAGUGACGAUAUACGCGAGUCGGAGCCUCGAUUUACUAGUUAUACCAAGUGUGACUUUCUUCAACUUGGUCAAAUAUUAUCCCAAGAUUCAGGACCCUUUGAACAAGGCUUUCGAAAUGUCUAGAGAUUACAUCUUGCCUAUUAACAUGGAUAAUGAUGACGAUGAAUCUUCAGACGAAUCUACAUUUGACCUUUCAUCGAUAGAGUCGGGCGCCGAUUCUAGAAGUGGAUCCAGUAGAUUUGAUAUCUCAGGGACAGUGCCGAUGAGCGUGUCACAGUCUAACGUGAGCCAGUCGAAGUCGUCUGCGAGUGUGUCCACGUUUCACAGCUACUCGCACGCCUCUAAUCUGCUGCGUCCCGGAACGUUCAUGUUUCAGAGUUACGGCUACUUAUCAUGUACGAUUGUAACAAUACACUAUGUGAUCGGUCUGUAUGACCUGGUGACUCUAAAUGACUGCUACUUUUUCCUCUGGGCACAUGCACUGUUGGACAUCUACUUCUAUGGCAAAAUUUAUCUCACUAUGCAUCAGGGUUAUGUGAGCAAGCACGGAGAGCUCGUACUGGAGGGCCCUAAGACUCGCCACAGAUAUUUAAAGCAUAGAUUCUGGGUGUGCUCCGACGUAGUAGCCAAUUUCCCCCUGGAAUUCCUCGGCUUUUGUUUUCCGAAUACCGUGAAGGCUAUGCAUUAUUUACGCGCGAUCAAGCUUCUAAGACUGAAGUAUUUGUUUGAAUUCUAUCGGGAUACGUCUCGUGAACUCACCAAUAACCUUACCACGCUUCAGGCGGCGAUGACAAUAAUAGGGGUCGUGAUAGUGAUACAUACUUUUGCCUGCUUAUGGCUGGUGGCAAUGAUUGGAACAUCUCCUAUUAGCAUGAUUCGGACACUCAAGGUUCACCUUAUAGAUGAAGAGACGCCACAACUCCGCUGGGACUACGUGACGUCAUUCUACGUGAUAGUAGCCAUGCUGACCACCACUGGCAGUGAUGAGUUUUCCAUCGAAGAGGUUUUGCCCAUGAGCAUACUGGCCGUAGUUCUGGUCUGCGGUAAAAUGUUAGCAGCGAUCGUAGUGGCAGCGUCCAUACAACUGGCUUAUUCAAACAAGUAUGCUUUAACCGCCUAUGAGAAAGUGACGAGGGAACUUAUUGAUAUGCUGAAGAAUCAAGGACUUUCAAAUUACCAACUGAAGAAGUUUUGGAAAUACAUUCAACAGCUUUGGGUAACGGAGCGUGGACGACAGUUGCCAAUCUUAUUGUCUCAAACACCGUAUGUACGUCGCUGUGACCUGAUGUCAGCGAUGUUUGGUCAUCACUUGAGGAGUUGCUACAUCUUCGCCGACACUGGAGAAGCGUUUCUAAGACAACUGACUGUCGCUCUUGACUAUACUAUUUUCUUCCCUGGUAACUACAUAGUAGUGGCUGGCGACAGCGAAGCUCGCAUGUACUGGGUGGCAUCAGGGUCGGUGUCAGUCGUAUCAGUCCGGGCCGACCUUACUGAGAUCACCCAUGAGCUGCUCGGGACAGGAGACGUGUUCGGCAUACUGCAGGGCAUGAACCGAGGCAUCUCUCACUGCUUCUCGUAUAGAGCUGAGACCAAGGUAAGCAUUUUAACGCUAAGCAUGGAUUCGUGGAUCGACAUUUUACGAUUUUUCCCUGAAGCGAAGAAAAUGAUACUGGAAAGAUCGGAAGUUUUAUUUACACAGAUAACUUAAAAUAUCGUAUUUUAGUACAGAUAUUCGAAAUGUUUUUCGAAUUAUGAUGGCAUAUUCAUGCAAUUCCAUUAUGUUUACUAUACAAAUAAAAAUGUACGUAGGA